UUCUUUCUCCUCUCCACCCUGUUGGGUUAGAUGAUAACUUCUUCUAGGGGCAGGGCUCGGAAAGGAGGAAGUGAAAUCAAACUGCUUUAAAAGAAAGGGAUUGACUUUUGCUCCCUGUGUGUGGAAAACCUUUCUUGGAAUGCAGGAUAAAGAGAAAAUGUUGGCAGCUUAUUUUGACCAGCCAGGAGGCCCAGAGAAUCUAUAUGUGAAAGAGGUACCGAAACCACAUCCAGGAAAAGGAGAAGUCCUUAUAAAAGUGUCUGCCAGUGCUCUGAAUAGGGCUGACUUACUCCAGAGGAGAGGAAAGUAUCCUUCCCCAAAAGGAGCAAGUGACAUUUUAGGCUUAGAAGCAGCAGGACUUGUGGCUGGGUUCGGACCUGGUUGCAAGGGUCAGUGGAAAACUGGAGAUACAGUGAUGGCUCUGCUGUCUGGGGGUGGCCAGGCAGAAUACGUCACUGUGCCAGAAGGUCAUCUGAUGCUGAUCCCUAAUGAUAUGACUUUUGUUCAGGCUGCAGCCAUUCCUGAAGCCUGGCUAACAGCCUUUCAGUUGCUGCAUUUUGUAGGUAAAGUACAGAGUGGACAGACAGUGCUGAUCCACGCAGGAGCUAGUGGAGUUGGCACAGCAGCCAUUCAACUGACUAGACUGGCAAAAGCUAUUCCCAUUGUAACAGCUGGAACACAAGAGAAACUCCAGCUGGCAGCAAAACUCGGAGCAGCUGCUGGGUUCAACUACAAGGAGGAGGAUUUUAGCGAAAGGGCCCUGGAGUUCACCAACGGCUCUGGAGUGGAUAUUAUUUUAGACUGCAUUGGUGGUUCCUACUGGGAGAAGAACCUCAAUUGUCUGAGUACUGAUGGCCAGUGGAUUGUGUAUGGACUGUUGGGUGAAGGUGAAGUACAUGGAGAUCUGCUUGCAAGGUUGCUUUCCAAAAGAGGGAGCCUGCUUACUAGUCUGUUAAGAUCACGAGAAAAGGAGUAUAAAGAAAAGCUGGUGAAAGCCUUCACAGAGAGAGUGUUGCCGUAUUUCUCCCAAGACAGAUCUCCUCAUGUCCAACCAAUCAUUGACAGUGUUUAUCCUUUGCACAGGAUUGUAGAGGCGCACAGGACCAUGGAAGAAAACAAGAACCUCGGCAAAGUUAUAAUUGAAAUGCCUCCUUCAUCUUAAAGAAGGGUGUGCUACUGCAGGUGUUCCACAGAGACUAAAUUACUAUUGAUGUGUAUGGGAGUUUGGCAUCUGGAGCACUUGCAAUUUCAUGCCACAAAUUUGAAAUGACUGACAGUGAGGAAGGAUUGUGAAAGCGAGGAGUAAAACUAAGUCUUUGUACAAGACGGCCUUUGAGAAAAUAAUUCCCUUAUAAGGGAAUAAUAACAAAUCCAAAUCUAUCAUAGGUAUGGUGUCCUAGGGCAGUGGUCUCCAAACUUUUUGGAUUGCGCACCCCUGUCAGUAGAAAAAUUUUGAGCACGC